AUGGAUUAUCAAAAAGAAACCGACCAACAUCGUCAUAUGAGACGAAUUGCGUUUAUCGCAAUUGUCGUUUCAACUGCAGCUGUUAUUGCCAGUGUGGUUACCUUACCGAUGUUAUACAGCUAUGUGCAGUCAUUUCAAAGUCAUCUUAUCAUUGAAGCUGACUACUGCAAGACGCGUUCACGAGAUAUGUGGUUGGAAAUGACUGCGCUUCAAAUGGGUAGGGGACACUCGAAUCGCAUCAAGAGAAGUUGGCUAUUCGGUCAAUGGGUUCCUGACGCAAGCUCUGGAGAUGGAGCAAGUGAAAACUACGGAGGAGUUGGAGCGGCAAGAUUUGACGAGUCUGUGGUUAAUUCAGAUGGGUGUUGUACAUGCAAUCAGGGAACAGCAGGACCACCUGGACCUCCCGGCGAGCCUGGUUCUGAUGGACACGAUGGAGAAAAUGGCAAAGAUGGUAAAGAUGGAAAAGAUGCACAAGUGCUUCCAAGUGAACCUAGUGAACCAUGCAUUAUUUGCCCAACUGGACCACCAGGACCAGCUGGAAACAUGGGACCAAAAGGACCACCAGGACCUCGAGGAUCGCCUGGGGAUCUACCAAAAGAUGGGAUUCGCGGAGAAUCGGGUAUGCCUGGACAACCGGGUCCCACUGGGCGACGUGGAAGAGAGGGACACCGAGGAACCGCUGGAGCGUCUGGCCGACUUGUUCCUAUUCCUGGACCUCAGGGUCCACCAGGACCAAAAGGAAUACCAGGAGAGCCUGGUCCGAAAGGAGCUCCAGGACCUGACGGCCAGUCGUAUCCCGGAUCAGCAGGUUCGCCUGGAGAGCCAGGACAAUCUGGUAGUGAAGGAAGACCAGGACUUGUUGGACCUCCCGGUUCACCUGGACCUGACGGAGAAAGAGGAGGCUGUGGCCACUGCCCAGAACCACGAACUCCACCUGGUUAUUGA